UUUCCCAUUUAAUCAUAAGGGCGCCUCUUGUGUACUGCAUAUGUUCAUGACCUGUGGAGCAAUCUAACAAUCACACAGAGAUCAGUUAAAACAUUUUCCUCCCAUUUGAAAUAAAUGUGUCUCUGAAGAUGUUAUUGUCAUUUUUCAGUUUAGUCUUUGACAGCAAAGUUGCUCUAAUAAAACAUGGCAGAGCUAGCAGGAACACAGAGUGUGGAUGUGACCAUCAAUUACUUGAAGACACGUAAAGGAAUGACUAUGGCAGGUGAAAUAGCUCUCUGUUUAUUUUCCAUCAUUGGCAAAACUGUUCCCGUGAAUUUGGGUUGCUACAUCAUUGUACCCAUUGCUGAGAUGGUGUUGGGGAUUUUCAUGCUAAUUGUCUUUACAAUGGGAUUGGAAAAGACUUCCUUUGAGGUCCACUGGCUUUUUUGUGACCUCCUCAGAGUUGUCACAGGGUCAGUCUUACUGUUGAUCACCUCCAUUAGAUGUUUCAUCAUCCUGAUUGCGAGCUCAGUUAUGAUGCUCUUAAUGGGAGAGGUCUUUGCAUUAUGUGCUGGAUGCUUGUUUGGUUAUGAUGCGUUCUUAGUUUAUUCUACAAUAAAGAAUAAAAAUACAUCCACAACUGGCCAGGAUCCAUCUGACCAAUAUCCAUCUGGACAAGAUGAACAGUCCUAAUCUCAGGGCAUGUUUGUCUUGAAGACGGCACAACCAAGAUAUGAGGACGGAACCACAACAAAAAAUGUUAUUGGAUGAUUAAAAGUCUUAAAGGAGAA